UAAUAAACGGGGAAGGAAUUUAGACUUGGAUACAAAAGAACAAGCACACUACUUUGACUAACUGACCUAACUCACAUUUGCCAUAACUUUACAACAUCUUGCUUUGAGAUUAAUUGUUCUAAACUGUUAUGUUUGGAUCAAUUAAUUGCUCUAAACUGUUAAGAAGUCAGAAACAAAUGGGGACAAAGAGAGUCAUUAUUAUGGCCAUAGAUUAACAAUUUAAAAAGUCAGAGGAGACCCUUUCUGAGACAUUCCCCCCACUUCCAAAAAUCUCAAAUAAAAUCCCCUCCCCACCCACCACCAUUUCCCAAUCUCCACUAACCAAAAUCAUCAAGCCACUCCCUCCUCCUUAGCCUUUCUUAACGUCCACCACCUUCAAUCUCCACCCACCUCUCUCUCUCCUCUCCUCUCUUUUUCUCUCUAAACCUCAAAAAACCAAACCAAAAUGCUGGGAAAAAGGAUGGUGAGCUUCAAAAAGCUAGCAAAGAAAGUGAAGGUUAUGGGAGGAGCUGAGAGGGAGCCAUCAUACCAUGAGUGUCUGCUGAUCAGAGAUUCAGAGCAAGGAGGCUCUCCGUCGUCGAAAACCCCGAUCGGGUUUCUGGCCUUGUAUGUAGGGGAGGAGCUCCAGAGAUUUGUGGUGCCAACAAGCUCCCUUUCUCAUCCACUCUUCAAGAUGUUGCUGGAGAAGGCUUACAAUGAGUACGGCUUUCAGCAGAGAAAUGGCCUUGUGGUGCCCUGCAGCGUCUCAGCUUUUGAAGAGGUUUUGAAUGCUGUGGAAUGCAGCAAUGGUAAGUUUGAUUUUGGUGAACUUGUUGAGGAGUUUAUUUCCUGAGUCACCAGAUAUAUUUUCUUUUUGUGCAAGCAACAGAGAGAGAGAGAGAGAGAGAGAGAUGAAUCGAAAUCUGGACCUCAAGCGUUAGUCGCAUUGGGUGACUGGUGAGGCCGAGACAGAAAGGCUUUGACUCUUAACCAAAUUGAGCUACGAUCCUUCAAGUAGAAUGUUGUGUUUAGAUGUUUUUGAUUAGCGAAAGUGUUUAGCUCGGUGAUUAUGGGUUUAUAAUUCCAUGUAUGUACUAGAACAUGUUCAUAUUUCAUAUUAAAAUAUUGCUCAGCUCUUCAAAAAAGGUGAAGCUACUUUUGGUCA